AUGAAGGUCUUCCUGUUUGGUAUUCUACUCAUUCUUCCAUUUGUCUUCUUUGGUAAGUUCCACCAACUGUGGCCUCUGAUUAUUCUGCAAAACCCAGCGCAUGAAAGUACAAAACGUUUAGCGGCACCUUUCCUCCAUUCAUAGAUUCUGCAGUUGGGAAUAGUACUGAUGCUUCGUCUACUGCGGCAUCAUCGGACACGGCAUCCUCAAGUGUGUCUGCUGGUGGCGUCGACAGCUCGGACAGUACCGAUGAUGGUUCUAUAACGACAUCCGGUGUUUCCGCCUUCUCGACGGCUCACUUCUACCUCAUCCCACUUCUACUUGCCCUGUCUGCAAAACUUUGCUAA